CAGAUACAAGUAAAUCCCUACAUGAAUUAAGGACUUUAUUUAAUCAGAUAAUAAAAGGAGCUGAAGAUUUUAGAAUAAAUGUUGAUACUUCACUAAACAUUUACGUUUACACUGAUAUGGAGGCUAAUAACAACGUUAUACUUGUACCAGAUAAUCGUUCAAGUAAUAUGGAAUUUAUAGACACCAUCAAGGAUUAUAACCCGGAUGUAAUUUAUGCACAGACAGGAAAUCCACUUAAUCUAGAUAAACUUCAUAGUUUUUAUCAUUAUCCAUGGUAUGCCGACAAACCACAAGAAGAUCUUAGAGCAAGCUUUAUUGGAACAUUAG